AUGUUUAGAACUUGUAUAAAAGUGAUUAUCUGUUUGUUAAGUUUUAUUUUGAUUGGAGGAGCCAAUGAACUAAUUGCUAUAGUGACGCUUUUUCGUCAUGGGGCAAGAACACCAAUUAGUUUAUAUGAAAAUGAUCCCUACAAAGCAGUAUCAUCUGAAAUAUGGCCAGAAGGUGAUGGACAAUUAACUAAUCUAGGUAAGAAUCAGCAGUUCGAGCUUGGUCAAUGGUUUCGUGAAAGAUACAAACAAUUUUUACCGGACCGAUACCACAGUGAUUUUCUAACAGUGAUGUCCUCUGACGUGGACAGGACCUUAAUGUCUGCUGCGGCACAUCUGGCCGGACUAUACCCACCCAAAGAUGAUCAGAUCUGGAACGAAAGAUUAUCUUGGCAGCCGAUUCCCAUCCACACACAGUCGAAGAAGGAGGAUAUGCUUAUCGCUUCUGAAAGACCUUGUAAGAAGCAUGAUCGCCUUUAUCAAGAACUAUUAAAUUCAAAAUCCUAUUUGGCGUUUUUAGAACAACAGAGGGAAAUAUUAGAUUAUCUGUCAUUCCAUUCAGGAGAAAAUGUAACAACUCUACGUGACGUGUUCCUAAUAAAUGACAAUUUAUUCGUUGAAUCUAAAUAUAAUCUUACUUUACCGGAUUGGACUAGAAACGUCUUUCCACAAUUACUGUCUCCACUGGCACAACUUUCCAUUGCUUUACCUGCGUCCACUCCGGAGUUAGGAAGGUUGAGAUCAGGUCCAUUGAUAGACUACAUAGCUACGUUUUUGGAAAAUGCAAUUUUAAAUUCGAAUAACUCUCAAAAAUACCUAAUAUUAUCAGGACACGAUUUUACAAUCGGCACAUUGUUAACAACUCUCGGAUCAAACGACCAUACUUUAGCCGAAUAUGCCUCCUCUGUCAUAUUUGAACUUAGAAAAAGCAAGGAGAACGUACCAUUUGUAAACUUGAUGUUCAGAAAUAGUACCAACCUGUACGGAAUCAAAUUAAAGCAGUGUGCUUUUAACUGCGAUUUUAAGCAAUUCAGUAAAAUCAUUGCUCCAGUAAGGACAAAUGCAUCUGUAUGGGAAAAGGAAUGCUCUGAUGUAACAUUUUCGAAUAGAAAAUUGAUCUUACCCUAUCUUACCCCUUUUAGUCAAAAUCUACAAUAUAGUUCAAGAAGUGGAUUACCACGGAAAUUGCAUCACUUGUGGCCAUUCCACUAA